AUGUCUGACAACACUAAUGCAAGUCUUAUUGGUGGACAUGCUCAGUAUGCGAAAGGAGUGGUUGAAGAAGCUAUUGGAAAUGUCACAGGUAGCCAAGCAUGGUCGGAAUCAGGUGCACAUGAUAAACAAGAGGCUGUGGAAAAAAUGAGAGCAGCUAAUCAAGGACCGGCCGAUUCAACAUUGAUCAGUGGAGCUACAGAGAAGAAAAUUGGCAAUAUGGUUGGCUGUGAAGAGAUAGAUGACAAGUUUGAAGCAAAUUUAGAUACUUUGAAAUAUAUUGUCUAUCAAGCACCAUUCCACGAUUCUACUCAAUUUACAGUACCUACAAACAAGACAACUAACGAUUUAGCAACUGUACGAGCGGCGAGUAUAGGACAACGUGAACCUCGUGAACUUUUCAUUGAAACUUACGUGUUUGACGAUUCUUUGUCAUUACCAGAUCACCGUUCGCCCAUUUCUAACGUUAUGAACGAUGCAAUUGAAAUGACAUAUUUAGAUCUUUUGAAACGUCGUCAACAACAAGAAAUGAACUCUUCCAGUACGAAUAAAACCGAUGUUAUUCCCAAAUCAACAUCGUCGACAGACGAUUCUCAACAACUAACGACCCAAUCCAGUUUUCCAGACAUCAGUGAUCUCCCAACGAUAAAAGACAACGCGAAGACUAAAACAAAUCGUAAAGUAUCGACAACAACCAACGAUACAACGCAGUUAUCAACUCAUGUAUCAACAUCACCUGAUGUACAAAUUCCAUUCUACUGUGGCAAUCAUCUCGUUGAUAUAACAAAAGGCAUCUUACAUUUAUACAAAGACAACCAAGCUUUGGAUGCAAAUAAUGAACCAAAACAUAGUGAAAUGUUAGCCAUGUUAGCUAUUCCAGCUGAUGUUUCAUGCCGAGAAUUGAUCACAUUUAUCAAUCCUGUUUACCAUAGCAUCGAAUAUUUGCGAAUAAUUCGCGAUCCGACUCCAAACCAAUAUAUGAGUUUGAUUAAAUUCAAAUCUCAAAAAGAAGCCGAUGCGUUCUAUGAUUAUUAUAACAAUCGUCAAUUCAAUUCCAUCGAAAAAGGUGUUUGUCAUUUAGCAUUUGUCGCGAAAGUUGACAUUACUAGUACAGCAAAAGAAGGAUCAUGUCCAAUUCCUGGUCUUACUGAAUUACCACCUUGUUACAUAUGUCUUGAACGAAUGGAUGAAAGUCUGUCAGGAGUGUUAACGAUUCUUUGUAAUCAUUCAUUUCAUGGUGAUUGUCUCAUCAAAUGGGGCGAUAGUUGUUGUCCGGUGUGUCGUUAUGUUCAAACUCCCGAAGUAAUCGAUGGUCAGUCAUGCUUUGAAUGUGGCUCACAAGAAGAUCUUUGGAUAUGUUUAAUCUGUGGUCAUGUCGGUUGUAGUCGAUUCAAACAAGGCCACGCAUUUGGACAUUUUGAACUAACUCAACAUACUUAUACAAUGGAUUUGAAACGGCAACAUGUUUGGGAUUAUGUUGGUGACAAUUAUGUUCAUCGUUUGAUACAAAAUAAAAGUGACGGUAAACUCGUUGAACUUCGUGGCGAAGGCGUUGUUAAUUAUGAUAUCGACGAUCUUAAUCAAAGUACAUCAAAAACAGGUAAUACUCAAGAAAAGAUCGAUUCGAUGGAACUUGAAUAUACGUAUUUGUUAACAAGUCAAUUGGAAUCCCAGCGGCGAUUCUUCGAAGACAAACUUCAGUUUGUCGAAGAUUCAACUCACGAACGAUUGGAAGAACUCGAGCGAUCAAAUCAAUUAUUGAAAGAACAUGCUCAACAAUUGCAGGCCACUCUCGAUACUAUUUCAAAGGAGAGACAGCAGCAGGAGAAGCGUUCUUCUACGAAAAUGACUCGCAUUCAGAACAAUUUCGACGAAGAAAGAUUAAUGAAUGAACAUCUAAGACAAAAUCAAAAUUAUUUCCAAACAGAAAUUCAGAAAACCAAAGAGGAAUACGAAAACACCGUAAAAGCAAAGAACCAAGAAAUCGAUGAACUCAAAGAUCAACUGCGAGAUCUGAUGUUUUACAUUGACGGACAGCAGAAACUAAAAGAAAUGACUGAUCUAUCGGUCGACGAACUUGAAUCCAGUCAAAUUACUGUAAAUAGUCCAACAACAACAAUGGCUGCUACUGGUUUAACUCCCACGACAAAUCCGACAAAAAACAGACGACGAAAGAAAUAA